AUGGGCCUUCGUGUCAGUCUUUCAGAAAGCCCCAUUGCCAAGCCCUCUUCUCGGCUUGUAUUGUACAUCCUGGGCCUCCUCUUCCUCGCCCAUAUCAUCCGAAGGGUCCGGCAAUGGUACCGGCUCCGCCAUGUCCCCGGUCCGCCUCUGGCUGGGUGGACGUCACUGUGGUUGACCAAGCAGUACCUCAACGAGACCUUCUUUCUGGACGUGCCGGCCCUCGUGGAGAAGUAUGGACCCCUGGUUCGGAUUGCCCCGGACAAAGUCGUCUGCACCGAUGUAGACAUCAUGUACCAAAUGAUGGGAGUCCGAUCUGACUACAGAAAGUCGGAUUGGUAUACCAUCGCUCGCAUUUCUCGGAGCGGUGACCACAUCUUUACCUUGAUUGACCCCGAAGAGCGCAAGGAGCGCAAGAAUUAUAUCAUGCCAGCGUACGCCGGUCGGGGAGUUGACCACUUUGAAGAGGGCACCGAUAGGGCUCUUACAGCCUUCAUGGAUCUCAUCGACAGAAAGUAUCUUUCAGCCGCCCACAGGGUCACGCACAUGAACUUGGAAGACAAGUUACACUAUUACGCACUCGACGCAAUUGGUGAGAUUGCCUACAGCGAAUCUUUUAAGUAUCUCGAGGAAGACCGGGACGUGAGGGGUAUCCUCGCCGUCAACGAUGCUACGGUCCCUCUCCUCAUGUCUUUGGGCAACUACGUAUGGUUCUGGAAAACACUCCGUGCAUGGCCGUUCUACUACCUGUUGCCCAACGAUGGAGAUGAGAGCGGCUUUGGCGCCAUUAUUGGUCAUGUGAGCAUCAUUCUCAAGAAACGCCUCCAACCCAACGUCGGCCCCAAGCAUGACAUGCUGCAAUCCUUUAUCGAUCACGGCUUGCGAGGCGAUGCUCUCAAGCAGGAAAUCGGCAUUCAAUUCUUCGCCGGCUCCGACACGGUCUCCUCCGCGCUCUACACCACCUUCUACCUCCUCCUAACGCACCCCACCGUCUACGCACGCCUCCAAGCCGAGCUCGACGCCGCCCACCUCACCACCACCACCACCAACCAAACCACCCCCCAAAUCAUCCGCGACGCCCAAGCCCGCACCCUCCCCUACCUGCAAGCCGUGAUCCGCGAGGGGCUGCGCCUCUUCCCGCCGCUCUGCGCCCCGCCCAUCUACAAGGAGGUGCCGCGCGGCGGCGACGUGGUGUGCGGGCGGGCGCUGCCGGGGGGCACGUGGGUGGCGACGGGCAACCAGAUGUGGCACGGGAACCGAGAGCGGGCGUUUUGGGGCGCGGAUGCCGACGUGUUUCGGCCGGAGCGGUGGUUGGAGGUCGGGUUGUUGGGGGGGUGUGGGUGUGGGUGUGGAGGGCCCGGGAGAAGGGCGGGUUGCCCGGCGGCGGCGGUUCGGAGAGGUUGGCGCAGAUGA